UAGGCAACAACUAAGGACAAAGUUAAGCUUUCAGGUCAAGGCGAUAGUUUAGAGGCUAGGUGAACCAUUUUCCAUAGUUCUUUUUACCUAAUAUUACCACCCACUUCAUGCAAAGCUCACCUAAGAUUAGACCUAAUUUACGCCUACCUGUCACUCUUAUUUUAGCAGUUGACCAAGUCGCAUCAUUACAGACACUUGGUCGAAACUUGUCACCUAGUCGAUCUUAAAUCACAACAUUUUUUUAAAAAUCGAAUCUAACUUUGUAUUUUAACUUACGUCAUUUGAUCGUGUUUUUAAAGAAAUGAAGGCCGGCGUUGAGAUACCCACCGUUUCAUCCAGUCAGGGUGUUGUCGUCCGUAACGCGAUUAAAUCCUAUGGCGUUGGCAGCCGCAGGUCUACCGUACUCGAAGGGCUCGACAUGAACGUCAAGAGAGGAACAAUCUAUGGCCUACUAGGAGCAAGUGGUUGCGGAAAAACGACAUUAUUGAGCUGUAUCGUUGGCCGGCGAAGCUUUGACAGCGGAGAAGUGCUGGUGUUGGGCGGACCACCGGGCACGCCGGAAAGCGGAAUUCCAGGUCCGCGGGUGGGCUACAUGCCACAAGAGUUGGCACUUUAUGGCGAAUUUAGCAUUAAAGAAACACUUCAGUAUUUUGGCCGUAUCUACAAAUUGCGAGCGGAUUUCGUCGAUGCCCAGUUGGAAUUCUUAUCCAAGUUACUGGACCUACCUCCUAGCCAUCGUUACGUCAAGACGCUGAGCGGUGGCCAGCAGCGACGCGUUUCGUUCGCAGUUGCUUUGUUUCACGAGCCCGAACUGCUAAUUUUGGACGAACCAACAGUUGGCGUUGAUCCAUUACUCCGACACAGCAUUUGGAAUCACCUUGUUCGUCAGAGCGAUGAUCAUGGAAGAACGGUGAUAAUUACCACGCACUACAUCGAAGAAGCACGUCAAGCCGAUACGAUUGGGAUGAUGCGUUCUGGACGGUUAUUGGCCGAAGAAUCGCCAGAAAAUCUGUUGAAGGAUUACCGACUUCCUUCACUUGAAGAUGUAUUUCUUAAGCUUUGUAUGAAAGACAAGGACGAUGGUGGGCUGACAUCAAAGACUCCCAAAGAUAAUAAUUUCGCAGCAUCUCGUAAACCUCAUAGUGGAGGUCUUGACAAUUUGGCUUUCAAUGCCAGUCAGUUUGACAUAGUUCCACUGGACGUUGAAAGUCUGGAUAACAUUAAAAGCCAUCCCGGAUCGUUAGCGAAUUACAAUGCUCCAAGCUCAAAAUCGACAUUACCGACGGAAGAAGGUGGUGUCGUCUGCUUGAAUUUCAACCGGUAUGGGGACAACAACCUGCGGGGGUGUAACAAGAAACGCGCUAAUCAGCUCCAGCAGAUGAAUGUUGGUGCCAUUCAGAACUCUUCCCACCACAGCAAACGUGAAAGAGCCGCUACGUCAUUUCAAAUGGAAGGGCUAUUUGAUGUUCAACUCGCUGGAAAUAACGCAAGUCGAACGGAUAAUAACAUUCAUGCAGUUAGCAAUUACGGUGGUGGUGCUGGCCAGGGAACUAGACGUAGUCGUACUUUCAAAAUGGCCAUACCGUCUCCUCAUCGCAGCGCGGCGCUCAUCCACAAGAAUUUCAUGCAGACAUUUCGAAAUAUUGGGAUGUUUUUGUUCGUUUUUCUGUUACCUGCUCUUCAAGCAACCAUCUUUUGUCUGGCUAUCGGAAAGGAUCCGACAUUUCUGAAGAUGGCCAUUGUUAACGAUGAACUGGAUCCAAGUGAAGGCCGUGUUUGCAACUAUACAACAGAUUGUUCGUAUUUCAUGUACAGCUGUCGCUAUCUGCGCUUUAUUGACAACGAAACAAUAAUCCAGGUUCCUUAUCAAAGUUUACCAGACGCUAUAGAAGCCACGAAAAGGGGGGAAGUGUGGGGUGUAGUUCACUUUGGCCGGAAUUUUACGGAUGAAUUGAUGGUUCGCCAGGCGGACGGCAGUGCGGCGAGUAACGAAACAAUUAUCGCUAGUCAAAUCGGAGUUACUAUGGAUUUCUCCAACCAACAGAUUUCGAUUAUUCUACAACGCCGGCUGAACGAAGCUUUUGAAGAUUUCACAAACGAUAUUUUGAAGGCUUGUGCGUACGAGCCAACUGCUGGCAAUAUCCCUGUCACGUUCCUCGAUCCUGUUUAUGGCAAGAAAGACUCCACUUACACAGAGUUCAUGGCUCCUGGCAUGAUAUUGACAAUUGUAUAUUUUAUUGCUGUGGCGUUAACUGCUGGCGUCUUCAUCAGUGAACGAAAGGAAGGUCUUUUAGAUCGAAGUUUAGUGGCUGGGGUUCAGAUGACUGAAAUUCUGCUGGCUCAUUUGGUUAACCAGUUUACGGUUUUGCUCGGUCAGACGGCGCUCGUUUUCCUGUGCAUGUUGGCUGUUUUCAAUAUUCCGUGCCAGGGCAAUUUAGCUCUGGCUGUGUUCAUUACUCUUCUUCAAGGUCUUUGCGGGAUGUCUUUUGGUUUGUUAGUGUCGAGUUUGUGCGAUAGUGAAAUCAGCGCUAUUCAUCUUUCGUUGGGCAGCUUUUAUCCGACUCUACUUCUCAGUGGAAUUAUUUGGCCAAUUGAGGGUAUGUCGCCUUACCUACGUCACUUUUCCUACGCUCUGCCGCAAACGUACGCCAUCGAAGCUUUGAGGUCAGUCUUUGCGAGAGGAUGGGGAGCUGAAUUGCCCGAUGUUUAUUAUGGCAUUUUGAUCAGCACUGGAUGGAUUUGUGUAAUGUUGGCUCUGAGCUUAGCGGUUGUACGUAUUCGCAAGCACACAGGUUAAUUGCGCCGACUUUCAUUUUUCUUUUUAAUUUGUGUGUGUGCCAAAUGCGAUGUUACUUUUGCUAUAUUUUUAGAUCUGCUUGUGAUUUUCUGGAUGGACCGUUUUAUUUUCAUUGUUUGCGUUUAAUUUGUAUUGGCUAUGACCAACUUCCUUAUGCCUUGUACCUGUUUUUCUAGUGACAUUUACGCACUUUUAUGGACUGGUUUUAGAGAGUAGAAAGAUCGAGGGAUUUUCUAGUGUUGUUUCUAGUUCUGCCAUGACUUCAUAGUUGUGAAUUUGAUUUUAAAUUUUUCUUUUGCAGUUUUUUCCACCUAUUCACAGCGCGUGUUAUGAUUGUUUUCAUCACCUGUCAUACUAGUUCAUAUCAACUCAUGACUACCUUACUUUUGGUAGCUGACCAGAUUAGUGCGAGUUCUUUUAAUUGUUUCACUUGGGAGGAUCAUCCGUUUUACGCAAUUUUAAAUACAAUGAGUAUUAAUAAAUUA